CCUUCGAAAUUCCAACCGCCUGAAGUGGCGACGCUGUUAUAAACUUCCACGUCAAGGUCACAUUUGCGUUUGUCCACCAUGGCGACUGACUCGUUGUUCUCGUACAAGUUUUCAGACUAUGUGCAAGGGGCACAGUCCCAGCACGACGUCGCCGCCAAGAUAUGCAAGCAACUGUCCCUCGACCCCAACAUGACUGUACAAGCUCUCGUGGCGCAGCAUUUGGAAGGGUUGGCCGUGCCCCCAAAGCAGGCCACCAUUCCGACGCAAACCAUUUCUCACGCCCAGUACUUGCAACGAGGCCAUGUUGUUCAUUCCAUCGUCCACGAAAUUGUCUCUCGGCACCUUCUUCACGACGCCAACCCGGUCGUGGAUCUCUUCUCCAUCGACGCAUUCGUCGCGAGGGUGUCAUCGUUGAAGGACGCGUUUCCACCUUCAUGGCUGCAUGCGCUGGCCAUCAAGGCCAACCCCCUUUCUGGCAUUUUGCUGGCCGCCAAGCCUUUGGGCGUAGGGCUCGAGACAGCGUCGAUCGCGGAAGCCACGCACGCGUUGAACCUCGGGUUCGCCCCUCGCUGUGUGAUCGUCGACUCGCCCUGCAAAACCACCGACGAUUUGAAGGCGUUGCUGCAACUCGGGUGCUACCUCAACCUAGACAACGUGGACGAAAUCCACAAAGUCCACUCCCUUUUGGCCGGCACAGUCCCGGACGCCCUUCUUGGGCUGCGGAUCAAUCCUGUCGUGGGGGGUGGGGCCAUUGCUGCCUCCAGCACCGCCACCGCGACGAGCAAAUUUGGAGUGCCGUGGACGGCCGCCACAGAUGCCGACUUGAUAGCCCUGUAUCGGGAUCACGCUUGGCUGCAGGGCGUCCAUGUACAUGUGGGCUCUCAAGGUUGUGCCCUGUCGCUUCUGGUGGCCGGUGCGCAGCGAGCGGUGGCGUUCGCCAAGCAGAUCAACCAAGCGCUGGGGCGGCAUCAAAUUCAAGUGGUCGAUAUUGGAGGGGGGGUGCCCACAGUUUACAACGGGAUGGCCGAAGAGGCCGUCGAGUUUGCAGACUACGCUGCUUUGCUCCAGGUGUCUGUUCCGGAACUGUUUUCGGGCGAGUUCCGCGUCAUGACGGAAUUUGGGCGCAGUGUGUUUGCCAAAGCCGGAAUUACACUCUCGCGUGUGGAGACGGUGAAACGCAUGAACGGUAACACAUUCAUAUAUCGUGGCUGACGACGGUAUGUAUGGAGUGCAUGUUUAUGUACUCUCACAGGUCAAAAUAUUGCCGUGGUGCACUGUGGCGCCAACCAGUUCCUCCGCCCAGUGUACUUGCCCACGACGUGGCCGCAUGUGUUUUCUGUGUUUGAUGCCCACGGGGUUCUCAAAACAGGUAAUUUGGUGCCACAGGACAUUGCAGGUCCGCUUUGCUUUUCCGGCGACGUCCUUUCCCGCGAUGUGCAUUUGCCUCAAAUCGAGGCGGGAGACUACUUGGUCAUGCACGACACUGGCGCGUACAACAUGGCCAUGUAUUCCAAGUUCAACAGCAUUCAAGCGCCUGCUGUCUAUGCCUAUCGCAACCACGGUAAGCUGAUGGAAUCGGCUUUGACAACGCUCAUAACGUCUGCAUGCGCUAGGAAACAAUGGGAUUCAGUUGAGUCUGGUCCGCACGAGGGAAACGGUGGCGGAAACGCUGGCGUUCUGGGGGCCCACGGAGCCGCUGUCGUGGUCGUGACAAGAAGAUAUUUGUGCCCCUUCAAGAUAACUUUUAGGGCUCCUCUGGAUGCCACAAAUUAUGGCAUAAAAUGACGAAAAUCUCCAUAAAAUGGUGAAAUGACAAAGCCGCGAAGUUGUUUCGUCUGGA